GUGACGACCUGCUGCUUGGAAUUUCCCUCCAUUUUCCAUGGCAGCAGCCCGAGGAGUCACUUCUGGCCGAUUUUUGAAAAAAAGAAGCACCGCUUGAUUUCACACCCAUGUGGUGAACUGGCCAUGCAACAACGGUGACACCGGAGCAACAGGCCGCAUCAUAUUGAACAGGUCAUUUCGAUUGCAACUACUUGUACGACCGAGUAAAGAUGCUGCUCUUCUGCCCCCACUGCGCAAACAUCCUAACCGUGUCCGCCAUGGACAACGGGCUGAACCGCCUCGAGUGCCGAACCUGCCCCUACGAGUACGCCAUCACCGAGCCGCUUUACUCUCGCCGUGUCUUCCACCGCAAGGAGAGAGAGGACGUCUUUGGCGGCCCGGGAGCGUGGGACAACGCCCAGAAGGGCAAGGCCCAGUGCCCCGCCGAGGGCUGCGACGGCGAGGAGGCCGCCUUCUUCCAGGUCCAGAUCCGCAGUGCCGACGAGCCCAUGACCAGUUUCUUCAAAUGCAUGACUUGUGGGCAUCGUUGGAGGGAGAACUAGUGACGUGAUUGCGACCCGGCGUGGUGCAGUGGUCCUUGACACUGGCAGGCAGGACUAUGUAGUGGUUGUCUUUUUGGGCGGGGGUGCAUGGCGGGGAGUUUGGGUGUUCUCGUUUAGUGGCGCAUCGCUUCUGUUCUUGGUAGAUUCAAGGAAGCCCUCAAUCAAUCAUGGAACGCUUCUGGUCUCUCAGACCUCCUUCUCCUUGUGCCACUCGACGGCGGCCUUUGUGCCCUCCUGGAUCAGUGCGGCCACAAAGUCGGGGCUGAUGAUGUCGCGCCGGAAGCGCUCCUGCUGCAGCAGCUCGAGGUUCUUGAGCGUCGGGCCCGGAUAGGUGAGAUACUUGAGGUAGGGUGGCUGGCUCCAGUACUGCAGGUAUCUGAGAUAUGCGACAAAGGCAGGCUGCUGGAGGAGCUUCUGGGCGGCGAGGUGGUUCAGGUAGUUGGGGUUGGCCAGGGACUGUACAAACUCGAGCUCGAUCUCGAAGCGCGUGUAGCCGCCAUACUUGGGCUCGCGGGGACCAUUGUCCUGGCCCUCGGUCGGGGCCGCAGGAGGCGCUUGUGACGACGCCAUCGUGGGGUUUGACAGGGUGAUUCCGGAUGGUGUCAAUGAAUAGAGGAGUGGCAGUGAUUGGAAG